CUGUAUGUCGCAUGGACACUAAUUUUUCAUUCAUCAGACUUCAUAUGUCUGGUCUGUUGUUCGGAUAACGUAUAAACUGCUGUCAAACUAAGACUUUGUGUCUGACGUGUUGAAGUGAACAAUGAAGCAUCAACAGACUUACGAUUAGUCUCCGUCGAAGCAAUUUAAACCGACAAGAAGCUGUGCAAAUUUAGUUACAAGCCUUACCUUACCAAGGUGUUGAUUUUGCCCUUUGUUUGUCAAAAGGAUUACCAAGCUGAACUUCGAAAAGCCUUUGACGCGAAAGGUUGGUUUAAGUCGACGUAAAAAUUUCCUCAUUGUGUCUUUAGAUCAAAGAAACUUACGAUAUGAGCGCCAACAGAAAUUCUAGUUUGAAUCCACCCGAGAAGUUCGACACCGCCCAUAUCGCCCUUUCGUGUACAUUUGUGGUGUUGAUAAUUCUUCUAGCUAUCGUGGGCAACACAUGUGUCAUCCUGGCGUUUAAAAGGUUCCGUCGACUCCGCCGUGUCACAAACUACUUUGUUGUUUCACUGGCCCUAACAGAUAUUCUGGUAGCUGUGAUAUCUAUGCCAGUCUGGGCAGCUUAUAUAAUAUCUGGUCCAUCGCUGUUUAUACAAAGGCAGUUGAUACAAAUAUUUUGGACCUCGACAGACAUCAUGGUCAGCGUGGCUUCGAUAUGGCACUUAACGUUUGUUAGUAUCGACCGCUACUUAUGUAUUACGGGACCGCUGUAUUACCAUACACGUAUGACCAGCCAGCGAGCUAUAUUAACGCUUGGGGCCAUAUGGUGCUACUCGAUCAUAGUGGCUUCUUUAUCGCCCACUUUCUGGGAGUCGGAUCUCUACACUUUGAUGAUGGUUGUACUGAAUUAUGCAAUCCCUGUCAUCAUAAUUCUCAUUGCGUACGUGAAUAUCUUCAAAACUGCUCGCUAUCAGGGAAAGCAAAUCGAGUUGACCAUCAAUGGAAAGGCAAGGCGUUUUUCGAUGAGCGCUGAGGUGAAAGCAGCGAAGACGCUAGGAGUGGUGAUUGGCGCGUUCAUUGUUUGCUGGUCUCCUUUUUUCGCGCUUAACUUAAACUACUACAUCUGCCAUUGUCCCCCUCCCCCUUUAGUUGUUUCAGUUACCAAGUGGAUGCAUUUUGGAAAUUCCAUGCUCAAUCCGCUUAUCUAUGGAGUUAUGAACAAGGAUUUCAGAUUUGCUUUCAAGAGGCUGUUUACAGACCAUUUUAAGAAAUCUUCUGGGUUCAAAGGCCGCAGCAUGGGGACAACUGCAGAUCAAAACAGCCAUGGAAGUAAUGAAGAAGAAGACAAGAUUAAUUUGCAAAGUGACACAGGACUAUAGCUUUAUUUACGUCGUUAUUGUUUUUUAUCGAGUACAACUGUGAUUCUGACCAUCUUCUACAAAAGAUGUACGAUAUUUUUCACUAAUGUUGCCUUCUGGGUUUAGAACACGCUUGGAACCGUUGAGGGGAAUUUCAUUACAAUCGUAUAAGUGUACUUUUGAAGUCUCCUAAUGGAAAAUAUGAUUAGGCCCUUGAAAAAACAAUAGAGUAUGCCAAAGAAGCUUUUUAUGAAACUCGAGGAAAGAACAAGACCUGGUAGCCAUAGCAACGGUUAAGGAUGCAACUUGCGUUAUAAACCGACGUCAUACCUUUCAAUAUACUUUGUAAAUAUUUUCCCUCCUACAACAUGUUAACCAAUCUUAUUUUAGAGCAGUUGCAUUUCAGUAUAAUUAUCAAAUAAUGGGGUAGAGAUAUCAUAAUGUGUUCUCAGUGCUUAAUCGAUGGCAAGUUGAGUUUACUUGAUGUAAUCCCAGGCGUCUAAUAGCCCAUAGAUCUUUGUAGUCACUUAAUAGCAGGAAAAGUCGUUGAUAUCAAUCAGGGAACCCGACGAUUGAGAGGGCUCCCCGGAAAUUUUAUUAGAACCAGAACAUUUUGCCUUCCGUUUUGUUUGGUUUUGUGGGUGCAAAACCAUCAAUGUAGUUAUAUUUAGGUAAUGAAAUAAAACUUUGAGCCAUAUCAGCGGUGGGUUAGUUUCAUGCUCCCCUCUUUUUUGAGCUCUACUAAAUCUGCUGUCACUGA